AUGGAGUCAACAUAUCUUCAAAAGUACCUUGGGACAUGUCUAACUCAAGGUCUUGCAGAAGUGGCAAGAGUUCGUCCAUUGGAUCCAAUAGAAUAUUUAGCCCUGUGGAUUUGCAAGUAUAAGGAAAAUGUAAACAUGAAAAAGCAGAGAGAAAAGGAAAUGGUUGACUUGCAAAAGGAAAGAGAACUAGCGCUGAUGGAGCAAGAAAUGCUGGAGCGGCUCAGGGCAGAGGAGCUCUUGUUUCAGCAGCAGCAACUGGCAUUCCAGCUGGAGUUAGAAAUGCAAGAGAAGGAGAAACAGAAAGCCCAAGAACUUCAGCGAGCUCAAGAGCAAUUAGAGAAGGAGGCAGCAGUGGACUCUGGCAAAACACUGGCUGAAAUUAGUGACCGAUAUGGAGCGCCCAACUUGAGCAGAGUGGUCGAACUUGAGGAGCCAUUGUUGUCUGACGUUACCUUAAACGUUGAUCAAGAUUUGUAG